CUUGCUUGUCCUUAAUAAACAGGUGCUACUCUCAGUUCCUCUGCACAUCUCCUCUUCUCUUCUUGAAGCACUUCUCCUCCCAGCAGUGACCUCCAGCACAAUGGCUACAAGAAGCAAACCUGGCUUCAGCAGCCAGUCGUACUCACCCUCUUCAUCCAGGGGUUGCCCGAGUAUCUCUUCCAGCAACCUGGACCCACUGCUUAACCCACCAGUCUCCAAAGUGGACCCUCUGGACCAGCAAGCCAAGACUAAGGAGAAAGAUCAGAUGGUUGGACUCAAUGACAAGUUUGUCGCAUUCAUUGACAAGGUUCGUCAUCUAGAGGAAGAGAACAAAAUCUUGGAAGCCCGGCUGAAAAUUCUGCUGGGCCAGGAUAGCUACAAGGGAGACACAGACAACAUUGUGAAAGAAGUAGCAGCAGAUCUGAGGCAGCAGAUUGAGGGGCUUGACCGAGACCGGCAGAAAUUAGCGUCCGAGCUGGCGAAGUCAGAGCAGGAGUUGAACAACACCCGAGUCAGUUAUGAGGAUGAGAUCCAGAAGAAGACUGACCUGGAAAAUGACUUUAUUCUCACUAAGAAGGAUGUAGAUGAUGGCUUUUUACAGAGGGUGCAGCUGGAGCUGCAAAUGGAGGACAUCAUGAGAGAGCUGGAUUUCUUAAGGCGCGGAUUUGAGGAAGAGAUAAAGGAACUGCAGUCUCUGAUCCGCAAUGACACGGUGGUGAUAAAGACCAGCAACUCUCGAAACCUGGACAUGGAUGAAAUCCUGAAUUCAGUCAAGGCCCAGUAUGAGGAAAUGGCUGCUCGCAGCCGAGAAGAGGCUGAGCAGUGGAACAAGAGAAAGAUGGAUGACAUGGUGCUAAAAGCAGGGAAGCAUGAAAAAGAUGUAAAGGAAAUCAGAAAAGAGAUAUCUGACAUCCAGAGGAACAUUCAGAGGCUCAUGGCAGAGAUUGAAGCACUCAAGAAGAAGAAAAUCAGUCUGGAGGAUGAAAUAAAGAACUCAGAAGUGGACGGGCAGCAGUCUCUGGACGAUGCUCGGGAGCAGAUUGCUCAGCUUGAGGAUGCGCUCCGCAGGGACAAACAACUGAUGGCACGGCAGGUGCGCGAGUAUCAGGAGCUCAUGAACCUCAAGUUGGCCCUGGAUAUUGAGAUCGCCACCUACAGGAAACUUCUGGAAGGAGAGGAGAUGAGACUGACUGAGCAUCGGCGUGAUCAGUUCGACGUCAAGGCCCCAAAGUCCAGGUCAAGUGAGAUGCCUUCACGAAUCCACUCUCCAGACGAAGCCAACAAGAGCCUGAUAAUAAAAAUUGAAGUCAAGGAUGGCCGCGUGAUCUCUCAGACUUCACAACUUCUUUAAGGAUUCUGUUUGCUGCCACAGUACUGAUAUUUGCUUUAAAGCCGUGGUGUUUAACCCCAGUCCUUGGACGACGGUGUUUUCCCUGCAUUUAUAAGCCAGAUUUAAUUAAAGAGGAUUCUGAGUAAUUGGAUGUUGAAUUGAACUAGGAACAAGAUAAACUCUAUAAUAGGGCUGCGAUAUGCCGUUAGUUAACCAUUAUUGUAAUAUUGGCUUUUGCACUACUGGUAUAGCAGAAGGUUGGUUACAAUAUACAAAAGACCUAAAACACAUCACAUUUCCAAGAUGACUGCUUAUGUGUUUGAUUAAUGAAGGUGUGUAAUCCAACAAGUGGAAAUUGUAGUAAUAAUAAAUUGUCUGAUGCUGUUUAGUAUUCCACGCUGCAUACCACAAUAACUAUAUGCACUAAUAUAAUCAACAAGCUAGUAUUUUGUCCCUAUCCUGCAGCCCUACUGUGUAGUACUAGUUGGAUUAGUACAAGGAUUGAGAACCACUGUUCUAGAAUAGGGUUAUUAUCGUUAACUAAAACUAUUACUAAAAAAAAUAAGGAGCCAUGAAUAAAUUUGCUCAUUGCCUCAUUAACAAAAACAAAAAUGGCAGUUUUCAGAAACGUAAGAACUAAAUCAAGACAAAAAUGUCAACAGGAAAACUGAACAGAAUUACUGAGAAAAAAACGUUCGGUUUGUGAAUAUGGGUUCAAAAGUGUAGCUGGAGAUGAGUUGAGCUUGUUUUAAUUUUAUUGUACCCUUAUCAACUACCUACUAUUACAGCGUUCAUCAGAACAUUUGAAACUAAAGCUGCCAUUAAAUGAAAACUAAAACUAUUGCUUUUCCAAAUAUACCUAUUCAUACAGGCUUAAAACUAAACUGAAAUCAAAAAACUAAAUUAAAAACUAAAUCAAAAUAGCAAACAAAUGAUGGUUUCGAAACUAUAAACAACCCUGUGGACCCUCUUAAUAACCCCGCUACCCUCUUAAGUCAGGAGAGCCAUUAGUGACCCUACACUUAUUUACUGCACCAUGUCUUUUCCUUAUUUUUUUACCAGGUUCUUUGUUGGUGAAUGUAAAAGCAACAUAUAUUUGAAUGUCCUUAGGGAAAUAAAAGGGAACUUUUACUCCUAAA